CUUGAGUUGGUUUUGCUCGGUUGCAUCUACUGACUGUGUUUUGUUUGGCGUGUUUUUCAAUUCACCGGAAUUCGUUGUAAUUAAGGUGACAGUUCUUAUUUUGUUUUAGUGUUGUGUGUGAAAACUUUUGUGUCCUGUGAAUUGUACUUUUAGAGUCUUAAAGAAUGGCAAUAAGUACUACAAGGAUAACUUUAAAAAUGACAAGAUCACGAAAAGACUCGGCAGUGGCACGAACAUCCUAAAUCACCGUGCCGGCAGCAUAAAUUAUGGCGACUUCCAGCGUCUCGACGCAUCACCACUUGGCGGCGACGAUGUCAAUGCCGCCGCCGAUGUCUAUUGCUACGCCGUCCCGCGACUCUAUGACCUUUACAAGCACAAAAGGUCUGUUAAACGGGCCGGGACAAAACAAUUGCUUUCUUAAUAGCGCGGUACAGGUGCUGUGGCAUCUGGACAUCUUCCGCAGGAGCUUUCGGGACCUUUCUGGACACGCCUGCAUGACGGACUCCUGCAUCUUCUGCGCCCUCAAGGAAUUAUUCUCGCAACUUCAGUUCUCCACUGAAACCGCUCUGCCUCCAGAUGCCUUACGGAAAGCCCUCGCCGAAAGCUUUUUUGAUCAACAACGUUUUCAGCUGGGAUUCAUGGAUGAUGCGGCAGAAUGUUUCGAAAACAUGCUGCUUAGGAUUCACACGCACAUCGCUCAUGGAGAAGCUGAAGAUAUGUGCAAUGCGAAGCAUUGUAUUCCCCAUCAAAAGUUUGCCAUGACUUUGGUGGAACAAAAUAUAUGCAAGCAGUGUGGUGCUAGUUCUGAACCUUUGUCGUAUACCCAGAUGGUUCAUUAUGUAUCGACCUCGACUUUGGUUUAUCAAGUCAGAAAUGGUAGGCCGCCAUCAGACACUUUUGGACAGUUGUUAAGAAGAGCCGGCAGUAUGGGUGACGUUAGAACUUGCCCUAGCGCAUGUGGUGCCGUAAUCCAAAUAGGCCGAAAUCUGAUGAAUCACCCCGAAAUAGUCUCCGUAGGAUUAGUAUGGAAUUCUGAACGUCCAACUUUAGAACACAUCAUGGAAGUAUUUUCUACCAUCGGCACGACCUUACGACUAGGCGAUGUUUUUAACACGGUAGUUGACACGAGGUGGGCAGAAACAUCGAUGCACAACCUGGUCGGAGUUGUAACCUACUAUGGAAAACACUAUUCCACGUUUUUCUUCCAUACCAAAUUGAGAGUUUGGAUUUACUUUGAUGAUGCUACAGUACGUGAAGUGGGACCUCGGUGGGAGCAAGUGGUAGAAAAAUGCCGUAAAGGUCGUUAUCAACCUUUAUUACUUUUGUAUGCCCUACCGGAUGGUACUCCAGUCAACACAGAAAAUGCUCCAAAACAAAUUACGCCAUUUUACACUGAGAAAGUUAAGAAGACUCCUCCACAGUCGGUGCUAAGAAGGUCUAUAACUCCAAGUCCAGAAAAGCCGACUAUAGGUAAUAACAGACGGGCUAUUACACCAAACCCUGAUGGAAGUUUAAAUCAUAAACCACCCAUACCAAGAGCGUACAAUGAAUACCAAAAUUUGUCAGUUAUACAGAAAAACUUAUAUGGUACCCAACCCAAUCAAGACUGCGAUGUUGUAGAUGGCUGUUUAUCCAGGAAAGAACCAGAAUAUAUUACUAGAAAAUUCUUGGAUUUUGGUCACCAAAAACCCCAAGUGAACAUUCACAGAACUCUCAGCAAUGGCUCAUCCUCUGGAGUAGAAGGAAUGUCAAUACCAGACCACAUGAAUGUUCCCAGAAGACGAGACUCCGGUAACUGGAGUGGAGAUAGAAACAGCGCCUCGUCAGCUUCAUCAACAACAAUGGAGAACCCUUACUUAUAUCUGGUUGGUAAAGUUCCUCAUGGAGGCGGCAGUAUCCCUGGAAGCCCCACAAGAACCAAAAGUGAUUCUGGCGGAGAUGCAGGUUACGAUUCCUACUCACUGUCGUCUAACGAUAGUUCCACAAUGAGUACGCUACAACACCUAAUGAAAAUGGGACACCUUGCCAAAAUUCCAGAAGAUUAUAACAAUGUUCAGGUACAAAUUUCGCAGAGUUGUGAUGUAUUAUGCGACGAAGCCGACGAACUUCUGGUAAAGUCCAGGCAACUAGAAGACGAACACGAUCUAGUUUUGGCUUUGGCACUAUGCAAUGCUGCAGCGACAAAAGCUAGAGCCGCUAUGAAUGCACCUUAUAAUAAUCCUCAAACUUUAACUUUAGCUCGAAUGAAACACAAUACUUGUAUUAUGAGAGCAAGAAGUUUACACAGAAGGAUGACGCAAACCCAAAUUCCUCUAAGCAAAGAAACAACUCCGGAAAUAAGGCAUACACGAGAAGGUAGCAGUGGAAGCGGUAGACACUCUAGACAAAAUUCAAGAGAUAAAAGUUCUCACUCAAGACAGAAUAGUAGGGAGCUGCUAGUAUUGGAAAAAGAAAAGCCACAAAUGACGAAAAAUAUCGAAAUUUACGCCACUCUGCCUAAGAAAAAGGAUGCAUUAAAAAACAAAAUGAACGCUUUUAAUAUUGAAGAUUCUGAAUACAUGUUGUAUGACAAACCUCCAAAUAGGGAAUCUAGAAGUAUAUUUUCCCGAAAUAAAAAUAAGGAUACACAAAAGUCAAGAGAAAAACGCUCCAGAAGUGAAGAUAGAAAUAAAAUGUCUAGAGAUUUUUCCAUUGCUCCUGAAAUAUUAACUGGUAAAGAUACUUUGAAAAAAGCUAAAGAAGAUAAGGAGGAAAAGAAGGAUAAGGAUGGAAAAUCCAAAAAACAGCACAAAAUUCGAAGGAAAUUACUAAUGGGAGGAUUAAUUAAAAGAAAGAACAGGAGUAUGCCUGACUUAACCGAUACCACUGUAGUAAACGAACCUCCAACUGUCACUGUAGAUGAUAGUAGCCUCGGAUUAAAGGGAAAUUUGGAUUCCACUUCAGGAAUGUGUGGAUAUUUAUCGGAAGGACAUUUGGAAUUUACCGGAAACAAUGCGAACCCCAACUUGGAGCGCAGCAAGUUGAUGAGGAAGAGCUUCCAUUGUAGCGCGGGCAAGAUUUUGACCGCCGCCAAAGUUCCGCCGCCUCCGCCCCUCAGAACGACUUCCACGCUUAGCAAAGCUAAGUUUAACGGCGGCGAAGUUUGUAAUGAGAAUGUUGGUGAGAGGCCCAAGUAUCCCCUGCCCGACGAUAUUUCGUACUACGAUAACCAAAAGGUCUAUGCUAACACCAAUCAUUACAAUCAACCUCAUGUUUCUGAAUACCAAAACUUUGAUCAACAUACUUAUUACGGUAACAACACUGUUAUUACAAGGGCAGACGUUCACCAAGAAAAGAGUCCUAUUAAGAACAUCUACGACAAUGGUGUUAACAAUAUCCAAGUGGAUAGUGGUGUGGAUGAAGUAGAUUGUCUGCCUUCGCAUAGCCAUGCAAAUACCUUAGAACUGCCUCCUUACCCGAGCCCCAUGGGUUCUGCCAUUCAUUCUCGUCAAGCUAGUGAAGACUUUCCUCCACCACCUCCCCCAUUGGACGUAUCAGCUCUUGAUGAGCAUUUACCUAAACCACAAAAAGUUGAAGAACCACAACCUAACAGCCUAUUGGCUCAAUUACAAAGCAAAAGACGGGAAAUUUUAUCAAAUGAGCUUGAAGUUAGAAAGACCACUACCGAAGUAAAGUCUUCUGGCGAUACGUGGUUAAGGGAACUCCAAGCCAAACAAGCAUCCUUAAGAAUGAAGAAGAGUCAGGACGCCAAAGAUGUUGGUGUGGAUGUGAUAAAUACACAAAGAUACUUACCAGGAGAAAAAGAUAACUCUAUAAAAUCAGUUAGAGAUUUGGCCUCCAAAUUCGAAACAUCUGAAUCCCCAACUCCCAAACCCACUCUUAAUAGAGUACCAAGCAUUAACUUCAAUUUGGAUGUUAUCAAAACCGAAUCGUCUCCUAAUACAAAUGUUUUUAACGUUAAAAAACGCGAGGAAACACAUGACACGAUUCCACAAGAACAAAUCGCCCAAGAGAUUGCCGAAGUUGAAAGGCUUAGCGCAGCUGUAAAUAAAACCUUAAAUAUGAAUCAAGAUUUACCUGAAGACAUUCGCAAACCAAGGCAAAAGAAAAAGAGCGUGUCGUUCUGCGAUCAAGUCAUUUUGGUAGCGACUGCCGAUGAACAAGAAGACGACAGCUACAUCCCCAACCCGAUUUUGGAAAGGGUGCUCCGCACUGCAAUGAAUAAGCCAGAAACGGCAGCUAUUAGACAGGAAAUAAUAGCUUUGAGGGAGAAUGAAGUGCAAAGAAAUGAGAGUUUAAUUCAGCAGGAGAGUAGAGCAUGUCCGGAAGAAGUACAGUAUGUGCAACAACCUUUGUAUGUUAGAAGAAACUCCGUUGAUAAUUUAUUGUCCCGUCAGAAUUCUAUUGGAAGCAUAAAUGAUGAAAGAAGUCAUGCUUUCAGUCAACCUCCUCUACAAAGUCAACCUAAAGUAAUUCCAAACGAUUAUAACACAGAAAAUACCCAAAUGCAUAAUGGUUUCAUGCCCAGUGAUUCCAAUCCGCAAUAUGUAGAGUAUGGUCAAUACAAUGGACAAACAAAUAAUGGUAUUAACAUGAAUUCUUACAAUAACCAUUUUAAAGAACAUGAUCAAUACCAUAAUAUGCAAAAUGGUUCCCCUCGUCAGUUUAACCAGCAAAAUAAUCCACCUCUUGUGCCUAAUCAAAAUCACAAUGGUCCUCCACUCAUUGUUCCAAAUGGACAACCUAGAAUACAGAUGCAUCAACAACCUUCCACUCAAACUGCAUACAGGCAAUCGCCUUACCAACCUAUUCCACAAAAUUCCCCAGCAUAUGCAGCCUACUAUAGUCAAAACAGACAGCAGACCAGCCCUCAGUACCGACAUACACCUCCGGAGUUUAACAAUCAGCAAUAUUCCAGAGUACCAUAUAACCACAGCCCCCAAGUAAAACAAACCACUCCUAGUCUACUUCAUCACAAUGGUUAUGGUAACCAAAAUGGGUACCAGCAUCCACCAUCGCCAUCUCCAUCUAGCGUAGGUUCCAAUUACAACUAUCAACAAAGUAUGUAUAGAGGCCUAAACAAUAAUUUCGAAGGUCAACAACAAAGGGUACCAGUGCCUUAUGAACAAACCAAUGGUAAUUAUCAUUCAAGGCAAAAUGAUUACGACACUCAAACAAAUGGACCUUACCAGAGGUUACCUCAGUACCACUCGGACGUGUAUCAAAGGGUACCAAUGCCACACCAAGAGCAACCUCCACAUGACAAUUACCCCGUAUACCAACAUGCCUUACCCUCCAAACAAAUUCUAAAAAAGACUGUGAGCUUCGAACCGGGUACUAAGGGAGGAGGAGCGGGUGAGAUGCAAGUCCCGCAAAUGGUGCCCAAAGCAAUUGUGACACCCAUAGUAGUAAACAAUGCGAACAAUUGUGUACCUACGGAUAAAACUAAGUGCAAUUUGUGUAGAAAAAAGAACGUUAUAGCAAUGAAUUUGUAUUGUACAGACUGCGAGUUUUAUAUGUCUAGGUUUACACCUAGGAGUUAGUAUUAGGCUAAUUAAAUUAUUUUGUAUGAAAUUGUGAUAUUAUGUUCAAAUUUUUAUGUAGGUAUCUAAAGUCUAUGUAUUAAAUUUAAGAUUUGGAUCUCAUAGAAUACUCUAAAGAAUAUUUUGUAUGAUUUCUUUUAAUAUAAUAAGAUUUUAAUAAAUAUUUUAAACAAUAA